GGGAGAUGUGUUGAGUUGAUGGAACUCCGCGAUACUCGAAAGCGAAUCUGCGCACGUUUUGACGCGUUAUAAAUACCGAAGUUUCACGUUUGUAGUGCGCGUAAUUGUAAAGUGUCGAAGAUCGGAAAACAUGUGCGAAAUUUUCGUUUAUUUAUUAUAUUAAUUAUUCGACCACUCAUCGAAUUGGUUAUUCGGUUAAUUAGCAAAUAGGCUGAUCUUUUCCAUUGAAGUUUAAACAGGAAAAUGCGUUUAUUACACAAUCUAAUUGGAGUCUUAGGACUGAUAACGAUCAGUUAUUGCGCCGAAUGCGGCAUUCAACCCGAAGGCGUGAUCAAAUUGAAGAAUAAAAACGAUAUAGACAGAUACAUAAUUUACAUACCGGGCAAUCCCAAAACCUACACACCGCAUCAAAAAUACAACGUUUCUCUUAGAGUAAACCCGAACAAAAACCCCCAGAAAGCUUUCAAGCAAUUCCUCCUCACAGUGGAAUCCAUCAAUCCCGACGAAGAUGUACGAACUUACCGCCCGACCGGUCAACUAGAGCUAGAAUUAAACUCGCAAUUCACGAGCAGAUUCAGCGAAAGCUGCGAAAACAUCGUCGUGGAAAACAGCAAAAUGCCCAAAUGGGAGAUACAGGUGUAUUGGAUUGCACCUCCGGCAGGUAGCGGUUGCGUAGCCAUCAAAGCCACCGUCAUAGAAAGCCGGGAAAAUUGGUUCAGCGAAGACGGGCAACUCACCAAAAUCCUCUGCGAAGACAGCGAGAUCAACGAGAACGUCAAACCGCCGAUGGUGGUUAAUUGUUGCGCCUGUUCCGAAGCGAAGUACGAGGUCGCUUUCGAAGGUCGCUGGACGAGGAACACCCAUCCGAGAAACUACCCAUCCAACAUCUGGACGACGAAAUUCAGCGACAUCAUCGGAGCAUCGCACAGAAAGUACCAUUCGUUUUGGUACGAGCAGGAUUACGCCAGCGAAGGAUUGAAAGAUUUAGCGGAAAACGGCAACACCCAGAAACUAGAAGGCGAAAUUAAAGUUAUGGGCAGGAAUAUCCGCACCAUAAUCAAGGCGAGAGGGUUGCAAUACCCGAACAUCACCGAUACAUCUUAUGCGGUUUUCCGAGUAGACAGCAGCAAUCACUUGGUAUCGUUGGUAUCGAAAAUAACACCGUCGCCCGAUUGGUUCGUGGGCGUAUCGAAUUUCGAACUGUGCAAAAGCGAUUGCACUUGGGCGGAAUCCUACACGUACAACCUCUACCCCAUGGACGCCGGAACCGACGAUGGGAUAGAUUACAUGUCGUCGAACCCUCUGCUCUUCUCGCACAAAGUAAUCACUCCCAUCACCCAGAACAAUCCCAACGAUCCCCAAUCGCCGUUCUACGACGAAGACGGGAAUCCCAUGAACCCCAUCGCUAAAGUGCACUUUACUCGACAACGAUUGUACAAUUCCAACAAACCCUGUCGCGCCAACGAAGAUUCCAGCGACAGCGACGACAGCAAUUGCGCUACCACCAAAUGGAGCGAUUGGACUCCCUGCUCGGUACCGUGCGGAUUGGGCAGGAAGACCAGAAUGAGGCAGUACGUGAAUUCCCACAGAGCCCAAGAAUGCUUCGUGCGAUUAGUGCAGCACCAAACGUGCCAAGGCAAGGCCGAUUACUGCAAGCAUUCCGUGUACAGGACCUCCGACGAGGAACCGUCGGAAGGCGCUUCGAACGAAGACGACAACAAAUCCGAAGAGGACGCAAACGGAUCGAACGAAGAUAAUAAAUCGGGAGGUGCAGAAGAUGAAGGUGAUGAUAAACGUCCGGCGAGCGACUCGCAAUGCGCCGUUGGCGAAUGGUCGGAUUGGUCUUCCUGCAGCGCCACGUGCGGUAAAGGCACCAAAACUAGGGAUAGGCGUUUAAUUCAUCCGGAAAACGAAGACCAAUGUAGCGUUGCUUUGGAAGACAACGAACCGUGCGAUGGUGUCGAUGGCAAAUGCGAUGAUCAGGGCGAAUCUACGUGCACCAACACCAACUGGGGCCCUUGGUCGAGCUGCAGCGUCUCCUGCGGAGUGGGUUUCAAGCGGCGCUUGCUCCUGCCUCCCGAUGGUAAAGAGCACGACAGCGACGAAGAGGGCGAAGAGAAUUGCCCCACGUCCGAAACGGUCAAGUGCAACGUCGAUUGCACCGAAACCGACAAAAUCGGGGAGAGCCUGAUACUCGAACAGCGACCGGACGGGAGGGUGAGGAACUGCAAAGUGACCGAUUGGUCCGUAUGGAGCAGGUGCGAGGUGCGCGGGCGCGGUAAAACUUGCGGUACCGGCUCCAAGAAACGAUCCAGACAAAUAUUGAAACACCCGGAGAACGGAGGUCGCGCUUGUCCGAGGAAACUCCUGAAGACUCAAACCUGCCACGUGCCCUGUCCAUCCGGAGAAGAAGAUGGACGAUCGGAAGAGAGCAAAGGACCGGUGUGUAUUAUGUCGGAUUGGACGGAUUUUACGCCGUGCAGUUCUAUUUGCGGCUCGAACGCCAUGCAAUUGAGCACUAGAAAAAUCAUUUACAAACCGCCCGGGGCGGUGUGCCCUUCUAGGGUUAUGUACAGGCCUUGUAACCUACCCUUGGCCUGCGCCCAUGACGGUAGACCAAUAUUUUUAUAAGACUUAUUCCUAAUUAUAGACUAUAUAUUUUUUU